GAGCACAUGGCAACACAUUUAAAUGCCCUGAAACAGCAUCUCUCUAUGUGGAGUGUCUACGUCACGCGAUCUGACUCUCUCGCCCAUGGAAGCGCGCGAGACACAGCCGGAGCCGCCCGUUCAUUGAAUAAAAACAGCUCUGGGGAAAAUGCCAUUCUGUGAUUUUAUUUCAAAUGGAUAUAUUGGUCGCCAGGAAUAAUCUGCGUUCCUGUGGCGUUGCGGGGGAAUGCCUACUCCUAGGCAAAGCCCUGUGGAGGAAGUGGAGGUGCUGAGUGGUAAGGGAAGAUCCAACAACAACAACAUGGCAACAGAUGCCACCACCACCAACCUGCUGGCCUCUGUUAAAGAGCAGGAGCUUCAGUUUGAACGACUAACCAGAGAACUUGAGGAAGAGAGACAGAUUGUGGCCAAUCAGCUGGAGCGAUGCAGGUUGGAGGCGGAGUCUCCAGGUGCUGCGAGUGACAGCUCUUCUGAGAAGUCUCUGCUGUGGAGAUCUGCAGAAUCAUCAGGCGCAGAUGUGUCUAAGCCGUCGGAUGGUUGCCCAUCACCCACAUUUGGGGUCAGAGGUCAGGGGACACUUUACUCCCCUGAGUUGGAACAGAUCUCCCUGCGUGAAAGUGAGGGGUCUGCGGCAAACUCACGCAGCUCUACUCAAAUGAAUUCAUAUUCAGAUAGUGGAUAUCAGGAAGUGAGUGGUUACUAUAGCAACACAGUAACGCCUAGGCGUUCUGAAGGGAGGACCCAGUCCACUAGCUCCGCCCCUAGUGGAAGCCCCACCCUUGCCAUGAGCUCUAGGGCUGAAGGACAGGCCUCAGCACAGGUUACAGGAAGUGGGCGUGUCAUGAGGCGUGUUAGUUCUGUUCCCACACGUGCCACUACUCCGCUCUACAAUCCCUCAUCACCAGCGUCUCGGCAGCCCCUGCGUACUUCACUUGGAAGCCCAUUCGGCUCACCAAUAGUCUCAGAGCCUCGUCCUCUACCUAGCAUAUUUCCUGGCACCACCUUGCCUCUUACCUCCAGCCACACCCCCGAUCCAGUUCACUCCACUUACCUGGGACGGCAUGGGGCGGGGUCAGAGUCUGAGUCAUCUCAUACACUCCUGCGGUCCGGUAUGACUGCUCAGCCGCAGCAGUACGGAACCCUGGGGAAGCACGAAUCACGAGCCUAUGACAGCACUCACUCUUCUUUUGGGCCGCGAGCCUAUGACAUCUUUGAGAGGAUGGUCCUGUCAAGGCCUGAUAGUCUUACAGGCCUGCAAACAUCUUAUAGCCAGAAUAACCAGUUAGGCCAGGAGGCCCGUUCCCCUGACUGCCACGUCAAACCCAUCUAUGAGGACAGAACCUUUCAGAACCCUCUGUACCAGACCCCAACUCACGGGUCCCAGAGCGCUCUCUCCAGAAACAAUAUAGGGUUUGAUACUUUACAAAGGACCUCUAGCCAGUGCAGUACUCUGAGGUGCCAGAGAGGGAUAUUCUCCAUGAGCUCCAUGGCAACACACUCUGACACCUAUCGCCCCGCCCACUACAGUCAAACUGAGUCAAACUACAGCAGACAAGCGGCUGCUGUCAACAACGCUGUCACAAGAUCUCCUUCCAUAGACAGCGUUCACAAAGAUCCCAGAGAGUUUUCCUGGAGAGACCCCGAGCUGCCAGAGGUGAUUCGGAUGCUGCAGCAUCAUUUCCCUUCUGUUCAAGCCAAUGCUGCAGCGUAUAUACAGCAUCUGUGCUACGGACACAACCGCAUAAAGGGAGAGGUGUGUCGGCUGGGUGGGAUCCGACACCUGGUGGAUCUGCUUGACCACAAAACUCUGGAGGUUCAGCGAAAUGCCUGCGGAGCUCUGAGGAAUCUGGUGUUUGGAAAAGCCACUGAUGAUAAUAAAGUGUGUGUGAGAAAUGCCGGUGGAAUCCCAGCAUUGGUUCGUCUGUUGAGAAACACUCCAGACAAAGAAGUGCGAGAGCUCGUAACCGGUGUGUUGUGGAACCUGUCGUCAUGUGAUUCCGUGAAGAUGACGAUUGCUCGAGAUGCUCUCGGUCCAUUAACCAAUACAGUGAUCAUCCCUCACUCCGGGUGGGGUGCGGCUCCCCAGCGAGAGGACCAGAAACUCAAACUGCACUCGUCUUUGGUGCUGAGGAACACCACAGGAUGCCUCAGAAACCUGAGCUCUGCAGGAGAAGAGGCGAGAAGGCAGAUGCGUUGCUGUGAAGGGCUCAUUGAUUCUCUCCUCUAUAUUAUCAAAACCUGCGUAAACACCUCCGAUUAUGACAGCAAGAUUGUGGAAAACUGUGUGUGCACUUUGAGGAACCUGUCAUACCGUCUGGAGCUUGAGAUGCCUCCCUCUCGACUGAUGGGAAACCAGGACCUGAACAUGCUCUUGGGACCCGACACCCCCGGUAAGCAGGCCGACUACAGCUGUUGGGGCCUCAGGAAGAAGAAGAAGAGGAGAUCCUGGCAGGAUCAGCAGUGGGAUGGAGUGGGGCCCAUUCCAGGAUUUUCUGGAAGUCCAAAGGGGGCAGAGAUGCUGUGGCACCCAUCUGUGGUAAAGCCAUAUCUCACCCUGCUGGCAGAGAGCUCUACCCCGGCCACACUGGAAGGUGCAGCUGGGUCUCUGCAGAAUCUUUCUGCAGGAACCUGGAGGUUUGCAGCCUAUAUUCGUGCUGCCGUACGUAAAGAGAAGGGUUUGCCCAUUCUGGUGGAACUGCUAAGAAUGGAUAAUGACAGGGUGGUCUGCUCUGUGGCUACUGCUUUAAGGAAUAUGGCUCUUGAUGCCAGAAACAAGGAGCUCAUUGGAAAGUAUGCAAUGCGGGACCUUGUGACCCGUCUCCCUGGUAAUGGACCAUCAUUGCUGUCAGAUGAGACGGUGGCAGCGGUCUGUUGUGCGCUGCACGAGGUCACCAGCCGGAACAUGGAGAAUGCCCGUGCGCUCCAGACGGGUGGCAUUGACAAACUGGUUACAAUCAGCCGAGGACGUGGAGAGAGGUAUUCCAUGAAAGUGGUGAAGGCAGCAGCUCAGGUGCUAAACACUCUGUGGCAGUACAGAGAUCUGCGCACCUUCUAUAAAAAGGACGGAUGGAACCAGAAUAAUUUUAUCACUCCAGUGUCCACUCUGGAACGAGACCGCUACCGGUCCCAACCCAUCCUGCCAACCAGCAACUUACAGAUGUCUCCUGUCAUCCAGUCAGGAGGUAGUGCCACCUCAUCACCUGCGAUGUUGGGUAUAAGAGGUCACCAUUUCAAUCAGCGAAGAACCCAGUCCUCUAUGCAACUUCAUAAUUUUUAUGGAGAUGAAAAACACAGAAACACAAGUCAGUCUACAGGGUCUGGGAAGCAGUCUGCUUAUUUCAUCAGUUCUUUUCCUUCACCUUCAGCAGAGGAGUCCCACAGGUCAAAGCAUGGCCAGCUCUACUACCCAGAGGAGGCAAAUCAAAGUGGCUACGACUCUUACGGAAUGUAUCUGUCAUCUCCCAUGGGCUAUGAGGAUGCGUUCCUCGAUGAGCCAGUUCAGUACCCUGUGGUGAGCGAGAAACAGGUUCUCAAACCCAAUACCAACUACGUGGACUUCUACUCCACCACACGCAGGCCUUCGUACAGAACUCAGACCUACCCAGCCUCACCUGACUCCUGGGUGUAGGCGUGUACUGUGUAUGUGUGUGUGUGUAAAUAUGUUUAUGUAAAGUGUAGCCAUACAUAGACUAUUGCAAGGAGAUGACACUUAUCUGAGUCAGAGGAAUCCAAGAGUAUUCCUAUACCAUGUUAUGGACAAGCUGUUGAAUUUAAAUGGUGACUGGAUUUUAAUUUGCGGGAUUUAAUUUGUGUUUUUUGUGUGUAUAUGCGUUCGAGUGUGUAUGCGAGCAAGCUGUUGCAUUUGAAGCGACUCAUUCAUUUUCAGUUGUUGAAUUUAAAUUGUGCGAGUGUGUGUGUGUGUGUGUGUGUGUGUGUGUGUGUGUGUGUGUGUGUGUGUGUGUGUGUGUGUGUGUGUGAUUGUAUGAAAGAUUAAUGUGCACCAUUGAAUUAACUUGAAUGUUUUGACCUGGGAUUGAAUGUGAGCCAAAGACUUUACUUUCCAGUCACUGAUAUUUUAAAACAGUAGUGUGUUUAAAGUUUAAUGUAAUAAGAGCCAUCUUUUAAAGUUUUUAUUAUUCAUUAUUUUUUAUUUUUUUUAUUUUAUGGCAUGUUAUUAAAAGUCACCUCAGUUCCUGAGCCAGAUGAAAAAGUGUAACGAAAUUACAUAUUGGCCAAAAAGUCCAAUUAAGAAAUAAUAGCUGUGUAAAACAAAAAAACUUUAAUGAUGUUCUGUGCAUUGGAAAACAAAAUGUCCUUUUGUCUGGUCUCAUUGCUGUAGCCUAAUUAAUGUAAAGACAAAUGUAUGUUCCAUUGAGUCUUGUACAACUAUGUCAGUUUAUUGUACAGCUGUGAUCUGUGCUACUACGCACAAAAAACUGUUCCAUGAUAAAUCGCUAUGUAGAAGUGUGUGUAUAUGUAAGAGACCUUAUGGAAACAA